AUGGAAGAGCCAACUUAUGAUCCGAGUCGUCCCAUGCCGGCCCUGGAACUUGUCUAUGUACACAAGAUCGUCAACUGUCCGGGAAAGACAAUCGUUGGCCUGCGCGUGGAUUUUCCCCCAAACGGAUCGACUCCACCCCAUCGACACGGCGGCGCUUCGGUCUCGGCCUACGUCGUUAGCGGCACACUUUUAAACAAGAUGAAUGAGGACCCAAUGAAAGUGAUUCCUGCAGGAGGCUCUUGGUAUGAAGCACCGGGUUGCCAUCACCGCAUCAGUGACAAUGCCAGUUCGACAGAGCCGGCCACACUCAUGGCUGUUAUGAUAUUGGACUCGGAGGUAUACGAGCGCGAUGGGAUGGCAGCGUUGCUUCAGAUUGAUGAGGAGUACAAGCAUAACUAG